AUGGACACAGAGGCAGUGGGCCAGGUGGAAACCCUCAAGGCUCGGGGCCCCGCCCCAGAGCUGGCCUGCACCUGCGCAGUCAUCAACGGAAGACUGCGCACAGGUGGGCUCUUGCACACCUGCGUGGGCCUGCAGCACCGAUGCCGCGGGUACUUCAGGGCGCAGGGGCUCUCCGAGAGCGCUGCGGGCGUCCGGCCCCCGCUGGGAAGCAGGAUGGAGCCUGGGGCGAAGGCUUCUGGGUUGAGCUCCCCUGAGGAUGAGAACCUUUCUUUCGUGACCAGACGGUCAUCCUUGAGGUGGGCCCUGAAGCACAGCACCCCGGCAGGAGCUGCCCUCAGCUCGCACUCAGGGUUACAGGGCGAUGUCCUCAGCCACCGGGAAAGGGGCCCUGCAGGCGGGUCCCCACGACCUGCACGCCCCUCCUGGGACCUCCUGUCAUCCCCAGGAGGGGUCAGCCUCAUGGCCUCCUUCAGAAAGAGGCGGCUUUCCACCAUCGAGGCCUCUGAAGUGUCCAGUGAGCAGCUCGGAUCCAACUCAGACCCCUUUGAUUUUGAGGAAGACCCGCCCGUGCCAGCCUCAGUCACCCAGCAGCAGAAGCGGCAGGGCAAGUCCCCACCAGCAAAGAGAUCACCACCAAACCUGGGAUUGCCUGGGAUCCCAGACACCGCCAGGAAGAGGCCUCGGGACCUGAAGAGGCUGGCAGCUGUGACAGAGCGAGUGAGGCAGUGGGAACUCCACCUGCUUCAGAGCAUCGAAGAGGCCACCCAGCAUGAACUCACCAUCGAGGACGACUGA